UCGGUCAUCACAUAAAUACAAUUCAUGCAACUAUUUCACAAUGUUCAGCUCCAAAAUUCAACGUUUUCUUCCACAAGGUUGUGUGGGUGUCGGUUAAGUAUAUGCUGUUGUUUUCUUGUUAUUACAAACAAGAUAAACUAUAUACUUUCAGUCGCGCUGUACUCGUGACAAGCUUUUACGAAUACAGCAUUCCCACAAUGACCAGGGUCUACCUUGAUAACCUCUUUCCCUUUGACGUGCAGCUCGAUGUCUCUGGCUCCCAAAUGACAUUUCACUUCUUUAGCAGACGUCCCCGGAGGAACGUUGACUUCGACAAAGACCUCCUCCAUAGUUUGGCUCCAUGAACCCCAGCUUGUCUGACAGGGGACCACCCCGCUCCUCUCGUCGAAGUGCACCGACAUGUCGCGGAUUCAAUUUGAUAUUCUGAUCGUAGAGUCUAGCUAACGCAAAUGCAAAUGAGAGGAUUUACUCAGACAACAUCACUCGCAUUCUGGAUCGGCUUUUGGAUGGUUAUGACAACAGGCUACGACCUGGAUCCGGAGGUACCCAUAGACACAACACCUUGCAUAUCUACAAUACACAUUAUUUGCAUGAUCUUGUAUUGUUGUGCAUUUUUGGUUUGUGUUCCAGGCGGCAUUACAGAAGUGAAAACAGACAUCUUUGUCACAAGCUUUGGACCUGUGUCAGAUGUUGAUAUGGAAUACACCGUGGACAUGUUCUUUCGACAGAUGUGGGUUGAUGAAAGGCUUAAAUUUGAGGGUCCCAUUGAAAUCCUACGGUUGAACAACCUCAUGGUAGACAAGAUCUGGACACCGGACACAUUUUUCCGCAACUCCAGAAAGUCCAUUUCCCACAACAUGACCACACCUAACAAGCUUUUUCGUAUUAUGCAAAAUGGGACUGUCCUCUACACAAUGAAACUGACAAUAAGGGCAGAGUGUCCGAUGAGGCUUAUGGACUUCCCCAUGGAUGGUCACGCUUGUCCUCUCAGGUUUGGCAGCUAUGCCUACACCAGCAGUGAAAUAGUUUUCACCUGGAGGAAGGGCCCAAUAGCGUCUGUGGAUUGUCCCAAAGAGUCCAUGAGUCUUUUGCAGUAUGAUCUGGUGGGACAGACUUUGUCCAGUGAGGUUUUCAAGUCAAACACAGGUCACUACUCUGUGCAGGUGGUCCAUUUCCACCUGCAGAGGAAGCUGGGAUAUUACCUCAUCCAGACGUACAUCCCACUUAUCAUGGUUGUCGUGCUGUCACAAGUUUCUUUCUGGAUCAACAAGGAGUCUGUUCCUGCACGUACAGUGGCUGGCAUCACCACAGUGCUAACAAUGACCACCUUGAGCAUCAGUGCCCGCCAGUCACUGCCCAAAGUAGCCUACGCCACAGCCAUGGACUGGUUCAUCGCCGUGUGUUUCGCCUUUGUGGCAUCGGCCCUUGUCGAGUUUGCAGCUGUUAACUACUUUGCCACGCUGCAGGCCAACCACCUGAAGAAAAAGAAAGUCCGGCAAGACAAGCUGGAGGUUCUAGCGACAGCUAGCGACGAUGAAGACACAAUUUCGCAGUCCACCACCGGCCCUCAAGAAGGCCUGAAGAGGAGAAACCACUCAAUGUGUCCCAGCGAACCAGCAGAGGCUCCGCCCCUGCCGAUAUUCCUUCAACAGGGCUCAGCUUUUCCACAAAUCCCACAGCUGGCUGGGACCAGCCCCAUCGACAAGUACGCCCGCAUCCUCUUCCCCCUGACCUUUGCACUCUUCAACCUCGUCUACUGGUACAUCUACUUAGCCAAGGACACCAUGGAGAGAGCCAGGGAUGUGGCUCCAACCUCUUAAAAAGCAAGAGGACCAGGAACAGGGCACGUGCAGGAAGAGAGACCACCCUCCCCCAUCAUCUCUCUCUCUCUCUCUCUGUGAAGCUCUCAGCAUUUGUUCUGCUCUCAUCUGACAGAGGAAAUGAAUCAGAAACUCAUUUAUUCUCCUGCCGCACAUCUAUUCAUUUCACAGGCUGUGACCGCUGCCCACUUGUGUUCUGAUCAGUACGCUGAAGAGCCGCCCUUCACGGGCCCUCCGUCGCUUUCACAUCUCCGCACUCGUCAAUGCAGACCACGACGGGCCGAUACGACCCGCGUUGGCGCCCACCCUCUUCCCUCCCUCCCGACAGGCUCACAAGGCGCAAGACACAUCAAAAAGGAAGCGGAUGAUAUCAUCUAUGAUGGCUGCACCUGCUUUGUGAUGCAAGAGUGAACCAACGCUCUACACAGCCCUCUACAGAGCGCAGCUCUCACUACAAGCACAUCAAAGACGACUGGAGAGGAGGCUGGCAUCCUUCCUCGUGGCUCCAAAAUGUGCUCAAAGCUCAGAAAAUGAAUGGCAAGAGUGGGCUUUGCUUCCCACCUUUGUGUCCCGUGUGGCUGUGUUGGGAUUCUGCUGCAGACUGCUUUGGAAAACAUUGCAUUAGGAAGGCCGGAUCGUGUUUCAUGGAUGGUAGUGCAACGUUAAAAAGUAAUGGAUCUAGAUUGAGUAGAGAGCACAAGUGCUUUUGUGUUAGCAGGGCACUUCCUGUAGGUUUACUAGGGAAAGGAUGGGACCAUACCAUUUAUUAACCUAGGGCAGAGGGGAACGGUUGCAUCAUGACGCAACUGGUAAAAGGAGACAUUUCGCUAACUAAAGAGGCAUGCGUAACAAAUCUGUUUCCUGACUUUUUUCUGUUCUGUAUGAACCCCGAUGACGCAGAAUGGGGGGGACAAAGUAGUGACGGCGUCAGCAGAAAGGGUCGUUUCCUGGUGAAAACAGGAGCGUUGAGGUUGAGUAGUGACCUGAAUGUAAGACAGUAGUUUUCUAUAGAAAAAAAGUAUAUUUGGACUCUACAAAACAACAGGUGCCGCCAAGCUACUCUUCCUCCAGGCUUUUCUUCCUGUCACUCACACCAAUGACCUGGAGAGAUGCGACCCCUACACAGUGACCCAUUGGAAUAAAAAGUGUGUCAAAGGUUUGUAGCAAGUUAGCGAACAACAUCGGAAGAGUUAGGAUGCUAAUUUUAAGACAAUGGUUAUCCAUGAGGCUGAGUCAUCAAAGAAACUGUCAAAGAGAUAUGAUAUCCAUUUUUAUUGCAAUCUACCAGUUGUCAUUUCACUGCUUCAUUCAUGAUUCAAUUUGAUUUGGGCUUAAAAAUAUUUCUCCAAAAGCAGUUCUUAUAUUCAGUCGUCUUGUAUGCGAGUUGUUCCUUUUUAGCAGGGUGAGAUUUUUCUACCACAGGGUGGGCAAACUACGCCCCAGGGGCCCGCCAAGCAUUUGAAUCCUGCCCGCCAGUUGCUUCUGAAGUAUUUCAUUUAAACGUUGAACAUACAAGCCGGCAACAUGACUUGCAAGUAGUCAGAGUCAGUCAAUUUUAAGGAGCUUUUCACAUGCAGCGAUCCAGACAACUACCGCACCCAUGGUGCCAAACAAAUCUGACACACAACUUAAACUACCCCCUGCACUGGGAAGUAAAAAAGAAGGGACGUUCACAUACCCUUUAAGAAUCAAAUGUUUUAUCUUUCACAGUUCAUAUUCCGGGUGUCUUAUUCAGUUAAAAAAAAAAAAAAAAAGUAAAAUUUGAUGUGAUCUGAUGUUAAAAGUGGUCCUGGAAAAAGGGACACAAGCACAUAUAGCAGAUCGUAUGACACUUCUACAGACAAAAUAAGACAAAUAAUUCCAUGUGGGCUGUUAGAAUUAUAAACUUAAACUAGUGUGCAUGUAUCAAAUAUGUAGUCUCGCCCCCCCGGCCAAUUCUGCUAACUCAAUGCGGCCCGCGACUCAAAACGUUUGCCCACCCCUGUUUUACCAGCUGCAAAAUAAUGGUAGAGUCUGAAGUAAGGUUUACAAUUGAAUAUUAAAAGGAGUAGAUGCAAACAAUUGCAAUGCCAGCGCUGGAGAGAACGGUCAGCCUCCCAACCAAGGUCUAGCGAGGUCCAAGCGGUCUCUAAAGUGAAACUUAGUUCCUCUUCCUCAUAUGCCUGCUGUGGAGGCGGUCUCAAUGAUCAGGAAAGUUACCGUUAACUGUUUGUUGGUGUAUUGGUCUGCUCUGGUUUCAACUAAUCUUUGGCUUGGAGGCUGGGCGUUUCAGCCAGGAGACAAAAGGAUGACCAUCUCUCUGUUGUAGAUAAGCACAUACAUGUUGCCUUAGCCAUCCAGAGUGGAAAACAUUCCAUUCCUAACAGGGCCAAUACGGUACCUCCUCUGUCUGUCUGCAUUUUUAUCCACAUUUGCACUAAAAUGUAAUGUGUCCUGCACAUGUACUAGACCUUUAUAUUAUAAAGGUAAAUGUUAUAAAGUUUAUAACAUUUCAUGUCAAUCAAAUUGUGCAGUUUGUGUGUAAUCCUGCUAACUAACUAACACACUGUGAUCAAAAGCAGACCUCCACCAAGGCUUAAAGGUCCCAUAUUCUACGUUUAAAAGUGGUCUGAUUAAGCUGUACAGGGAACACGCUGUUUUGUGGGUGCAUAGUCGUCUGGGAAGUGGUGGUGUACACAUGGGGCGGGCUCAUCUAGCUCAUCAGCGGCGGUAUCAUACGCUUUUUCCUUCAAGAUAUGAAAACCCAGAACUUUUAAAGCAAGCGUUUGAGCUUCUCUUCUCUCAAAAUUGGAGCCAACAAGUGAGGCAGAUGAUAGAUUUUUGGCACAUUUGGUGCUCAUAAUCAGCAUCUAGGAACACUACUCUGCCGACAUAAUUAAAAAGUACUUUUGCAUUAAAAAAAGUGUCCCCUCUGAAGUCAAUGUGUGUUAAUGGCUAAAAAUAAAAGUUUUAUCCAGAGUGAUAAUUCCUUGGUAUAGCAGCCUACAUAAGCACAAUAUUCCCAACAUGAUUAGAUGUGAUCUACCAUUUGAUAUGUAAAUAGCGGUCAUAUCUGGAUCACAUCUGGAUGUAACCUGGGCUUUAUUGACGAGAUAACAGAGGUGGGAGCAAGUCAGUGUUUUGCAAGUCUCGAGUGUUUAAUCUCAAGUCUCGAAUCAAGUCUCAAGUCAAGACAAGACGGGUCAAGUCAAGUCUGAAGUCAUGGGCUUGACAUUUUUGAGUCCUUACAAGUCAUAAGUACCGUUAAUUGUCUCCCAAAGAAAAUGUCCUUUUAACAAUAUAAUCUCAUAAAUGUAUUUUGAAUUGCUUUAUUUUUAGUUUAGUUUAGUUUUAGGAUUUAGUCAGUGCACAGAAAUGUAAUCAACAGAUUCAUUUUUUGUUCAUAAAGCUGAUUGGUCGUUAAUCGACGUAUUCACUGAGACAGAUUCAAAGGGAAAAUAUGUUGUCUUGCUGGAAAUUAUAUGACAAUCAUGCUACUGAAUACCUGGAAUGGGGGGCGUGACUUGUUGGAGCAUGUUUUGUAUGUCCUUGGUGUAGGCUCUUAUUUUGUUAGACUUCCUGUUUGGUCCCGUGUUUUAUGCUGCUUUUACUUUCCUGAUGACGCGCACCUGGCGCUAGUUUAAGUUUCCCUUGACUUAGUUCAGCCGGCGGCGUCAUUUUUUGCUGGAUGUGUGUUCUGGCUAUAUGCUUCUGCUAGUUUCCUUUUUUCUGCUCUGCGGUAAUUAAAGCCUUUUUACCUGCACUGGGUUCCUGUCUCUGCAUCUGGGGGUCAGUGCCGCACCAGUUCCUGACAUUAAGCCUAGAUCACAGCCUUGGCCGUGAGGUUUUUGGCAUUCCUCAAAUUGCUGUGUUUUUGUUUUUGUUUUGUGCGUGGAGAGGGUAGUUGUGGUGACCAAGAUGGAGUAAGAGCUCCACACGCAAGGAGGACGUAUGAAAUAUCUGAAUGUCCGUACAGCCGAUGUCGACCUAGGCUUUACUCAACACAUUCACCGAGAAUCUCAAGUCUUUUCAAGUCAUCAGACUAAAGUCGGAGUCAAGUCCCAAGUUAAUGAUGUCAAAGUCCAAGUACUUUGCGGAAAUUCGCAAAAUAACCACAAUCAACGAGGGAUUACCUAUAUUGAAAAUGGAGAAUUGUCACAGUCUAAAAGACGCUGGAGUCACUGUUUCUAUUGCUAAAAGUCACGGUUUCGAUCACUGUCAUCCAUUAUUAGAUAAUGCAGCUUUAUAGAUGAGAAGAAGUUACACACCGUGAAAGCUUCCAUGUGAAUUGUUUGACCUUGUUGUUGGCAAAAA